AUGGCGUCGAUAGCUUCGUCUUCCACACAGAACGGCACCUCGGCUCAACCCGCUCGCUACGCACUUGCAGAGACGAUCCUGGGCAAGGAUGCGUUCCAUCGCACCAACACUGCUAAGGUUCUCGUCGUUGGGGCCGGAGGAAUUGGCUGUGAGCUUCUCAAGAACCUCGUCCUGACGGGCUUUGGUAACAUCGAGAUCAUCGACCUCGAUACUAUCGAUCUAUCUAACCUCAACCGUCAGUUUCUCUUCCAGAAGCAGCACAUCAAGAAGCCCAAGUCGCUCGUAGCAAAGCAGACCGCAUCCUCCUUCAAUCCGCUCGUCAACAUUGUUGCUCAUCAUGCCAACAUCAAGGAACCUCGUUUCGGCGUUGCGUAUUUCCAACGCUUUGACCUCGUCCUAAACGCGCUCGACAACCUGGAUGCGCGACGAUGGGUCAACAAGAUGUGCAUCGCUGCCAACGUCGCUCUCCUCGAGAGCGGGACCACAGGUUUCAGAGGACAAGUGCAGCCCAUCCGACCUGGUGUUACGGAAUGCUACGAUUGCCAACCAAAAGAAACACCAAAGACGUUUCCGGUUUGCACGAUUCGCUCCACUCCUUCCACGCCAAUCCAUUGCAUCGUAUGGGCCAAAAGCUGGUUCUUCACUCAGUUGUUUGGUGCGGAUGACGAAACCGAGGAUGCCGAGCUCGACAAGGCGAUUGCCGAUGGCGAAGAUGCUCAGGAAAUCGAUAGUCUCCGUAAAGAGGCUCGCGAGAUGCGCGACCUUCGAGCUUCGUUGCUCCAGGCGGCCAAGCAAGACGAUCAGCAAUGCGUCCGCACCGUGGUAGAGAGGAUCUUCAAUAAGGUCUUUAAGAGCGAUAUUGAGCGCCUGCUGGGUAUGGACGAGAUGUGGACGCAUCGUCCCGUCAAGCCUGUUCCGUUGGUGUUCAAAGAUGCCGUCAAUGGUGUUUCUGUGGUUGAGAGCAAUGCUGCUGGGACAGAAAUCGCCGAGGCGAUCGUCUCUGAUACUACCGCCUCCACACCUGCAGCCAUUUCGACAGCCAGUGCUGAUCAACCGCUAUCGAACGCAUCUACACUCAAAGAUCAACGCACAUUGAGCUUGCAAGACAACGUCGAGCUUUUCCUCUCCAGCACGGCGGCGCUCGCUAUUCGCGCAGCAGCCGACCUCUCCAACCCACUCUCGUUCGACAAAGACGACGACGACGCGCUCGAUUUUGUCACUUCAACCUCGAACCUGCGCUCGAUCGUCUACCACAUCGACCGCAAAACGCGCUUCCAAGUAAAACAGAUGGCGGGCAACAUCAUCCCCGCCAUCGCCUCGACCAACGCCAUCAUCGCCGGAAUGCUCGUCCUUCAAGCCUUGCACAUCUUGAGCGGCAGAUGGAACAAGACACGUUUCAUCACGCUUACGCGUGGCUCAGAUCGAUACAUUUCCGGUUUCCCGCCUGCUCAACCCAAUCCGAGGUGCGGUGUUUGUCAGGAUGUGUAUGUGGCAGUUGCAGUCAAGAGUCUCAAGCGAGUGACGUUGGCGGAUGUGGUGGAAAGGGUGGCCAAGGAGGCGUUGGAGAUGGACGCGGAGGAGCUGGUGGUGUAUGAUGGAUCGAGGAUUUUGGCUGAUCCUGACUUCGAUGACAACUUGGACAAGAGUUUGGACGACGUGGGCUUGCAGCAGGGAUCCAUCUUGACCAUUACGGACGAGGACCAACGAUUGCAGGCUGUCAACAUUGUGAUUUCUGUGUUUGAACACGAGGGAGACGGAGCUGGUUCGAUCAAGAUGCUCACAGAAAAUGCGAUGAAACCGAAACCAAGAUUUGUCGAGCGCGCAGAAGAGCAAGACGACGAGAGCGAUGACGACGACGAUAUUAUCGCCGUGGUGGACAAGGCUAAUGUACCAAUCAAGGCAGCACCAGCAGAAGCAACGACGGUAGCAGGCAAAAAACGUCCUCAUCCAGACCAAGACGCUUCCCCUUCCCCUUCGCCUUCCAGCACUGCACUAUCCGUCUCAAACUCAGCCCUUGUUUCGGACAAAAAGCAGAAGAUCCAGCCGGACGGGUCGUCCGCAAACGCUGCAAUCGAGUUCGACUGA